CGGACUCACAAUAAACAGCCAGCAAUCAGUUGACUUGGUAAACAGCCCAUUUAACAAGGGGACGAAACAGGAACUACAGCAACUUCCCCCGGUAAAAGCAUGCCGGUUCUCCAGACAAAAUGCAGUUGAAAUUCAAUAAAAAAGAUUGGAAAAGAAGAAAAGAAAGAAGCUGCCCUUGAGCUUGGUGGAAUCCUCAACAUCUGCAUUUACCACCUCGGUAGGAGAUGGAGAGAUCUUUACCACAUCUGGCAACAGCCUCACCCUCCAGAGGAUUCAGCGUUCCCACACUGAUGAUUGAAAACGUAUCCGGUAACAGCACCAUGGAGCCCACAGCCACAGCCAGCGGAAGUGCCAUCCUUAUUCCCGUUAUCUAUUUCACUGUGUGCGUCAUCGGUCUCGGUGGCAACACCCUUGUCAUUCACGUCAUCCUGCACUACGCCAAAAUGGAGUCCGUCACCAACAUCUACAUCUUGAACCUUGCCAUCGCCGACGAGCUUUUCAUGCUUGGCCUCCCCUUCCUUGCCAUUCAGAACGCUUUGUCUUACUGGCCCUUUGGUUCGCUGAUGUGUCGGCUGGUGAUGACGGUGGACGGCAUCAACCAAUUCACCAGCAUCUUCUGCCUGACCGUGAUGAGCAUCGACAGGUACCUUGCCGUGGUCCAUCCGGUGAAGUCCAUCAAAUGGCGCAAGCCUCAGGUGGCCAAGGUCAUCAACGUCAUGGUCUGGGCCGUUUCCUUUGUGGUGGUCCUUCCAGUCAUUAUCUUCUCCAGUGUGAAGAUCGGCAUGCACACCUGUAACAUUAACUGGCCGGAACCCAUCAUGGUUUGGUCAACGGCCUUCAUCAUUUAUACGGCCACCCUGGGCUUCUUUGGGCCUCUGCUGGUGAUCUGUCUCUGCUACCUCCUCAUUGUGAUCAAGCUGAAGUCCUCGGGCAGGAAGGUGAGGGCCACCUCCACCAAGCGGAAGAAGUCGGAGCGGAGGGUGACCUGGAUGGUGGUCAUCGUGGUGGCUGUGUUCGUCUUCUGCUGGCUGCCCUUCUACGUCAUGAACAUCGUCAACCUGGUGUCCACCAUGCCCUCGGAGCCCUCCUUGGUUGGCCUCUACUUCUUCGUGGUGUUGUUGUCAUACACCAACAGCUGCGCCAACCCCUUCAUAUACAGCUUCCUCUCGGACAACUUCAAGCAAGGCUUCCGCAAGAUCCUCUGCCGCACUACCAGGAGGGUGGACGACAAGAACCUGGGCAGCAAGGCCACGGGCAGCAGCUACGUGGAGAUGUGUCAUGUUAACAACAUCGCGCAGAGGGCUCAAGUCCAAGAGAGCUUGCUGGGCAGGAGCUCAGAGCAGAGGAUGCCAGGGGAAGUUCUACCCAGCACCGUCAAAGCUGGGGCACUGGAGAUCAGUGACUUGUAACCCAUUGGGAACAAGGAGACUACCCGUUUCUUUCCCCCUGUGGUGAACAGAUCCAUGUUUAUCAAACCUUUCCGCCUCAGAAUUGAACCACCCAGAGCACGAGAGGUUCCGGGCCGUAUUAGUUGAACUUUUGCCAGGCAGGAGGUGGGAUCGGUCGGAACCCUUCGGCUACCGGUGGGAGUAGGUUCUAAGAGUAUUGUGCCGUGUCAGGGGGGGAAGUGGAUUGAGGGGUCCAGUGGUAUGAACAGUUGCUCUCCCAACCCCUAACUUACACCCAGGCACUGGCACGAGCUCCAGUUCCAGCGAUACACACCUGACCGGUCGAGGUGUAGGUGGAGGAUGGUUCUUCAGGAGAAAACUGUGAGUUAUCUUUGCAAGGGUCUGAGAGAAAAUGGGAACGUGCAGUGUGCUACCAUGACAUUAACCUUCAAGACCCUGGACACAAGUAGAGAUACGGAAGGGGUGGAUGGAAUCCUCAGUGUGUAAAAGGUCAUGCCAAGGGCUUUGGGGCCUACCACUAACAGUAGAAUAGGACCUGACAUCUGGGCUGUGGGUGUGUUGUGUUGCAGUCAGGACCAGACACUGGGAUGGCGUAUGUGCACUGCAUCACAUAUAGUUCCUGUAAUUGUACUGCAUUCCAUUGUACGUCCAGAUAUAUGUACCUGUACUGAUAGGUGCCUGUAUUGUAUUGCUUGGUGCCUGUGCCUGUGCUGCCUGGUCAUUGUACUGUGCUGUCAGUUGCCUGUAUGUGUCCUCCUGGGUGCCUGUACUGUGCUACUAGGUGCCUGUUCCUGAACUUGCCAUAUGCCUGUACCUCCACUGCCUGGUGGUUACACUGUACUGCCUGAUACCCUUAUGGUGUAGUGCCUGAACGUCUGUUGUUGGGUACCUUCACCGUGUUGCCUGUUACCUGUACAGGGUGGUACCCACACAGCCUGGUGUCUAUACCUGUACUGUCUUGCCUGUACCUGUACUAUCCAGUACCUGACCACACCAGUACCUGUUCA